GAGAAAGCAGGGCCCUCCGAAACAAGUGAAACUCCCCGUGCGUCCCUCCAAAGGACCCUUCGUGAUAAUAAAUAAACGAAACGUACCGCAAUAUGGAGUGCCAUGACUACACUGACCCGAGCCAAGGACUUGAUGAAAGCCAUAAUGAAAUAUUUCCCAAUGAGAUCGUGUAUAAAUUGAAUCCAAAAGAAACGCAAGAACUGGUAAAGCUGAGGAUAUCAAAUAAAAGUCUUUUUAAUGGAAAAAGGAAUGCAUCCAUGUGUGGAUGGAGGGCUAUUCUCAGACACAUGGGAUUGCAAGACAAAAUGACCCACUAUCAAGCGGCCAAAAAAUGGGAAAAUUUGAAAAAGAAAUACAAAGAGAUAAAGUUAACCCCUCAGGGUAAUGGUCGGGGAGUUGCACCUUUUCCUCAGUGGUCCUUUUACACUUUGAUGAGUGAUGCCAUGGAAGGUCGCCUAGAUGGGAGUGCUCCUAUUCUUACAACCACACAACAAGACAGAAAUGAGGUCUUAAACUGCCCCAAGCGAAAGAAGAGAAGGUUACUAAUGCCUACAAUUUCAUCAGUGGAAUCAAUGGCUCCUGCAGCCUCUUCAGAGUUGUUCACAGGUCCAGAAGUUGAGGUCACGUUAAAUGGAGAGGUGCCUGAAGAAGGAAAUUUGGACAUAGGGCACAUCUUACAGGAAGUGGAGAAUGAAAAAAAAAAGAUGGACCGGCACAAGCAGAUGAUGGAGCGUGAGCACCUGCUGCUGCAGAGGGAGCGGGCAGCUCUGGACAGAGAAGUUGCGUCACUGGAGCGAGACCGAGCGUCACUGGACAGAGAUAGAGCUGCCAUAGAAAGAGAGAAGGCCCUGCUAGACAGAGAAAGGACAGUUGUGGAGAAGGAGAGAGAGGCAGUGGCCAAAGACCGACUGGCUCUGGAGCAAGAGAAGGCAAGACUGGUGAGAACUCAGGGAGAUUCGGACAAUACUGACUGUACAGACAGAAAAGAGCGCUUUCUUUUCUUGUUUGAAAAGCUUAUCAACAAUUUUUGAAAAUAAUUUCAGAGUUUCAGCAUAAAUCUACAUAUGUUGUUAGAGAAAUUGUAAAUGUAUAAGUUCAGAAAAUUAUAUUUUUGCUGCAUUACCAAACAAAAUUGUGAAUGAAAAGAAAGAGCCAUCUAAUUUGGAGAGGUCUUCAAAACGCAUUUAUUUACUUGUGGUUAUUCCAUACAGAGCGCACACAAAGUUGAGCUGUUAGUUUUACCCCUUCCACAAUAAACAACCCCCCUCCCAAAAUCAAUAA